GUUAUCGUUCAGCGACAUAUCGCUCCAGAGCCGUUGCCAAUGCCAGUUAGCCAAAGUUAUUGCCGCUGACUUUGUUUGACUGCGCGCCAAUGUGUGUAUUUGUAUGUGCAUGUGUUUGUAUGAGUGUGUACUUUGUUGGUUUUCGCCGCUAUUAUCAUGCGCUAUGCUUUUGUUAUUGCUAUUGUUCGAUUGCCGAACGUCAGCGUGUUGUUAUCGCAAGCUUUUAUAGUUGUUGUUGUAUUUCGUAUACAUAUACAUAUAUAAAAAGAUAUAUACAUAUUUAUACCACCAAUAUUUGCGCCACAUAUACGCACAUAUAUACAUUUUUAACUAUUGGCAAAAUACCACUACCAAUUUAACAUUUGCUACAAACCAACACACACAUGGAGAGCAGUCAAUAUUUGUAUAUAACAUAUAUAUAUAUAUAUAUGUAUAAGUGUUUAUAUAUUUAUAUGCACUAUAUGCACACGCUCUUUCCUGUGAUUAAGCGUAGUCAUGUGUGCGCGAAAUUAUCAAGCGACUUUUUUCACUUACUUCAACUUCAAUUUCGUCUCCCUGUUUCUUCGCUGCGUGCAUGUGUGUGUGCGUGUUACUGCCGCAGUUGGUGCUGUCUAUUGUGUUUUAGUCUAACCACUUUUCGUCUAACGAAAUUUCAGUUAGCUCUCAGCUGUGCGCCGCGACGCUUGUCGAAAUUUUAUUUGCUGUGACGUGGAAUGUGGAGGUGAGGAAUUGAGCGAAAUAACACUAAAGCGAUAUUACACAAAGAAAAAUAAAUAAAUAAAAAAUAUUACAUAUAAAUAAAUAAUUUAAAAAAAAUUCAAAAUAUACAAGUAACAUAAAAAAAAUAUUAAAAAAAAAUAAAUAAAUAAAAAACUAAAAAAAAUUUUUUUUAAUAAAAAUAAACAGUUAUAAACAAAAGUGCAAGUGAAAAUACGCGAUUUUCAUAAAACUUUGUACAUUUUAACGGCAUUUUGUGCGUCAUUGUAACCAGCGGCAGCCGUCUGCGACCACACCAACGACUAAAUUUUAAAAAAAUUUCGCGCGUGGAACAACCGAACAUCAACACAAGCGGCUUGGCAAACAACAACGAACAUUUUUCAAAAACAAGCAGUUAUAACUGGAUAACAAAUAACUCGUUUAAUAACGAUACGAUCACAAGAAACCAAAAAUGUCUGACACACUGAGCCGAGUUAAACUGCAAUUGCGCCCAGUCAAUGGCAGCGUUCUCAACGGUAAUAGCGACGAUAAGUCACCAUCUUCACCGGCCGCAAAACUGCUGAUCAAUCACGGUAAACCGAACUACACCAUACAGCGUUCACCGAAGGCACAACAAAAUGGCGGCGCAAACCCGCUAAAUAGUGAAUUACAAAAUAACAACCGCAACAAUUACUAUCCAUACAAAAGCGCCGGUGUUCAGGGCACCACGGGCAUCUUCACCAAUGGCAAUGGCAUAAAAACGAAUGGCGCUACAAACAACAAUAAUAAUAACAACAGCAGCAGUAAUAGCAGUCAGAAUGGCGAUGAAUUGAUCAUACAGAGCACCAAAUUCAAUGGUGUCUUCAAGCCCGCCAACAUACAAAAGUUGGAGAGUAAUGAUGAUGUCGAUAGCCCAGUUGUGCUGAGGCGUGUACCAAAGCCGGAGGCAACACCUCCAGUGGCUGAGAAUGGCAAUGAUGAGAAUGUGCCUGAGUUUAUACUACGUCAGCGUCGCAUACAAGAGCGUUUGGCUAAGGAGAAUAUCUUGGACUUUGAAAAUCGUCGCAGUGGCUACUUUACGCACGUUGUCAUAUCGCCAUCUUCACCGAAUCGCCAGUCUUUGGUGGAGACUAUGUCCAGUCCACCGAUUGUGCCAUCUUUGGAGAUACCGCCGCCAGCCAAGGAGGCGAGAGAGGCAUCCAUAGCUGAGGAAAAUAAUGCUGAAGUAAGCGCUGCCACCAAUGAUGAGGCGCAAGCACAUGAAGAGAGCGUGACAGUGGCUACUAAUGAACAGGUUGAAGAAGAAGAAGUGGCCAAGGCAAUUGAAGAGGUUAACAAAGCGGUAGCUGGCGAAGUGGAUGACGACAGAUCCGAAGAAGUAGCAAUAGCAUAUACAGUUGCAGUGGAAGCUGAAAUUAAAGAGGACGCUCCAGAGCCAGCCGUUGCGGAGCACAAAGUAGAAGAACAGAAGAGUUUGGCCGUUGAGGAGCCCAAAGUUGAAGCAGUACAGGUUGAGGAACCAAAAGUCGAAGAAGUAGAAACACCUGUUGUAUCUGUAGUGGUAACGAGCGCACCUUUAAUUGAAUCAGAAGAGCCAAAGGCCAGUCAAUUGUCCGCUGAAGAAACAGUAAAACCGACAGCUGACUUAGCAGGCGAGCCACAAAAAGUAGACGAAGUAGCAGAAAAUGUCGAAACCGUUGUAGUAACAACAAACUCAGUUGAAAUUCCCAAAGAAAACGGAGAAGCUAUUGUAGCUGAAACACCAAAAACUAAUGGACACGUUGAGGAAGAUGUAAUUAUUUCACAUACAAAUGGCAUCGCUAACGGUAUAACUAACGGACACGCCACACCCAGUCUGCCUACACCCGAUCCAAGUGGUGCUUUGGGUGUUAACUACGAACCAAAGACAGUGGUUUCCUUCUCAAAGGACUUGGAUGCACCAAACAAUUAUCCUGAUACAGUAAAGGUCACGAAGACAGUUAAAGAAGAUGGCGAAAAUAAAACAACUUCGGAUGCAGCGAGCGAAGAGCUAAAGGAGUUGGCGAAAUUGAAGUUCGACAUUAAAGCCGAUGAUAACGAUGUACAAGUGACGCCUGUCUUGCGACUCGGGAUUUAAGCUGAAAGAGAGCAGUAAAUAAGCAAGCCGGGGGUUAUAUAACAUAGCUUGUAUAUACUAUUUAUGUUUGUCCGCACAAACAUAGCAUAAACGGGGGAACGUCACUUCGUAAAGGGGAAAAAUUGUUGCUUUAAAAUUGCCACAGUAGCCGAGAGUCUGUUGGGAUCAUGCUUAAAAGAAAUGUUGUUGGUAUUAGCAAAAAUUAUGAUUGCCAAGCGUGGGAUAAGUGCAUUAUAGCCAUAAGUGACGACAGUUUUAGCGCAUACUGUUCGUUAUUAAAUAAAAUUAUUCAUAUUAUUAUUCUAAUUAUUAUACAUUGUAAUGUUUAUUAAUUGUAACAUUAUAUAAUUUUGUUUUAUAUAUUUUAAGUCAAAAAAGUUGCCAAAUUCAUUUUAUUAUUGUACAAUAAAUUACAAAUAAAUACAUACACAAAUCGUUUAAGCAUUAACAGCGUUGGAACGAUUGAAAAUGGACUAUAUUUUUAUUUUUAAAUGGCAACUGUGGCAUACCUUACUACUGGUUGGAAUUGAAACUAAUGUGGAACAUUUGGAAAUGGAAUAUUAUUCUUGUUGAAUAAAAUUAGUGUAGUUUUGAUUGAUUGAGUAGACUAAAAAUAAUAGCAGGGUUGUUCAGAUAUAUUUUGCUAUAACGGUUAAAUUUAAAAUAUGGCUGGUAACGGUAACUUUGUAAACCUUAUGAAGAUAUUUUUAACACAUUAAAAUUAACUACAAAUGAAUAUUGCCCACAUUUAUAUUUUGAAACAGCUCGAAGUGAAAUAAGAACGCUUGGAAUUGAAACGUAUAGUUUAGCAAGUGUGACCGGGUUUUGAAUGCAUAUCUAUAAACUAGUAGUGCAGUUUUGACUUCAUAUUCACAGCAAAAAAUAAAAAUUAUUUUAUUUGAAAAGUAGUGCGUUUGAAACAAGAAUCAUAUGAAAAUGGAACGCUAUAAAAUUAAAAUUUGUUGCAAUAAAUUAAUCAAAAAAAAUUUUGUUACGUUUGUGUUUUUCGAAAAUAAAUAUUCAUCGGAACAAAUGAAAUUGAAACAUAAAUGAAACAUGCAAUAAAUAUUUAUAUAUAAAAAAAUAACGAGUUGUAAAUGUCAAAGCAUGUUCUUCAGAAAAUUAAAAAAAAUCUAAAGUAAGAACAGGAACGAGUGAUAUUGAAACAGUCAUGUUAAAGAAAGUAGACGAUCAUAAAGACGGUUUCAUACAUACAUAGGCCCACUCACUUUUAAGCAAUGUUAGAUAUGAUUGAAAUAUGUUAAUCUUUUUUUAAGCUGCAAAUUUUCUACAGAAGCAUUUAAUACAAGCAAUUAAUAGUUGAGGUACUUUUAUUAUAUCAUUUUUAUUUUUUUUCGACAAAGAUGUUAUAAACAAAAAUACUGCGGUUAUCUUUUUGUGGAAUAUCUGAAUACAGUUGGAACAAUAGAUAAGAUCGACGUUUUGUUAGUAUUUUUCACUCUGUCUCGUCGUGAGCGUAAGGAAAUGAUCCGAACACUCUUCGUUUGAGGCGAGUUGAUUUAGAUUUUUUCUACAAACGACUUGAGAAUGCGCACUUACCAUUUUACUUUUAUUGCUAAUGUAUGAAAUUUACAUAAUUUAACAUAUGUAUGUAGCAACACUUUUAGUAGGUCAGUUUCAUAUUCGAAACGUUCCUCAGCACUCAACUACAUACAAAAUUAUUCAGAGAAAAUUUUGCACAUUUGAACUUCCAGGUAAAUAAAAUGAUUAACAUUUAACAUGUUUUUAGUAGAAGUCAACGAUUCGUACGAAGUGGCACGUUCUGGAAUGAAACAGCAAAAUUUAGAGUUACAUGCGGAAAAUGUUAUUUAAUUCGAUUUUCUCUAAUUAAUACAAUUUUUCGGAUUUUUUUUUUUAAUGUUAAUUUUGUGUUCCUAUUUCAAUUCGUUCCUCCACUGUUAACAAAUAAGUACGCAUUUUAAUACACAUUAAUAUUUUAAAGACAAUUUUAAAUUGCUUCUUUAGUAAGUAUAGUGACUUCCAGAUUAGGAAUGUGCACAAGAAAAAUAAAAAACAGAAGUUUUUAAAA